ACUGAGGAGAGGGUCCCUCACAUGUUGUGCAUAAACUCUCUUUCCUUUUCCUCUCCAACUGUGUCUCACAUUUGCUCACAAAAAGUGAUUUGAUUUUGUUUUAACCGUCGUUUAAAUACUACCGCUAAUCGUUGACCGGAAGUGAUGACCACCGAAGAGUGGACCGAAAGUGCGGCCGUUGCGGCCGCCGCCGAACCGCUUGAGAUUAAGUUGUUUGGCAGAUGGAGUUCGAGCGAUGUCCAGGUGUCCGACAUCUCACUCACCGAUUACAUCGCGGUGAAGGAGAAGUACGCCCGUUAUCUGCCGCACAGCGCCGGCCGAUACGCGGCGAAGCGGUUCCGAAAGGCUCAGUGCCCUAUUGUUGAGCGGUUGACAAACUCGAUGCAAAUGCACGGCAGAAACAACGGCAAGAAGCUGUUGUCCGUCCGGAUCGUGAAGCACGCGUUUGAGAUCAUACAUCUGCUGACCAAUGAGAACCCGCUCCAGAUUUUGGUUAACGCCAUCAUUAAUAGCGGUCCGCGCGAAGACUCGACUCGUAUCGGUCGCGCCGGUACUGUUCGCCGACAGGCUGUGGACGUAUCGCCGCUAAGACGCGUGAAUUUGGCGAUUUGGUUGCUCUGCACCGGCGCUCGUGAGGCCGCCUUCAGGAACAUCAAGACUAUCGCUGAGUGUUUGGCCGAUGAACUGAUCAAUGCUGCGAAGGGCUCGUCUAACAGUUAUGCCAUCAAAAAGAAGGACGAAUUGGAAAGAGUGGCCAAAUCUAACCGAUAAUUACAAUGCAUUGAAAUAUGUAUUAAUUAUACGACAAUAAAAAAUUCUGUAAUUUUGGAGAAAUA